GACUCCCUCAGCCCAGAAAAAGAGGCAAAUUGAAUUAAGAAAUGGAGAGAAAAAGCACUUCUCUUAUCAUUUACGGAUUUGCCUUAAUCACAUUUCUGUAUUUCAUCCCAAGUUGCCAAGCCUCAAGAAAGUUAGCAGAUUUUCCUCCUCAAAACAAUCCUGUUGGUGAAGAACAUGAUGACCCAAGCAAAAGUGGCGCUCAUGGUGAUACUCCUCCUACUGGCAAGUUCAACACGCCGCCUUAUCCCACCUCAUACCCAACAUAUAAUAAUCGUGGAAGUUACACUAAUCAAAAUAAUGGGUAUGCGGGACAAACUGGUGCGAGGAGAACUACUUCCAAUAAUGGCAAUUGUCAAUAUAAUGAAACAGUUGACGCUUAUGGUAGGAAGCAUGUUACUUUUACUGGUAAUGGUUGCAACAAUCAUAAUGGCUACCAGGGAGGACAAUUGUAUGCCGCAGAAUAUUAUUCCGAGUCACCGCCCGCGAUUCCAGGUUACGGCUCGCUGUUACCUCUUGGUCUAGGGAACGAUGAACCAGGUCACCCUCCUUAGGCAGUAAAAAAAAUAUUAUGUAGGUUUAUUUUUUAUAUAUAAUAAGA